UGUUGAGUUCUAACUUUAACAUAUUUUAAUCUUAAAUGAUCAAAUUGGACAUUUAAAUUAAAUGUUAAAAAAUAUGGAAUAUUGCGUUUACAUUUUACAUAAAAAGCCUAACAUCAGUUGGUUAAUAUCUGCAAACAACCUGGUUUAUCUGUAGUACGAGCUGGGUACUAGUUUUCUAGGCUCCUUUCAUAGUUAGGCAAUUUUAAAUGUGUUAUUAAAUAUUAAUUUUGCAAUUAAAAACCGAGUGAUUAGUCUCGUCAAACAUUGUAUUUUACCAAAGACUUCGAUUUUACUCCACUUCACUUUACCUUUGAACACUAGGCAAUUAAAGUAUAAUAUUUGCUGCCAAAAGGUAGCACUGAAAUAAAAUCAUGUACAAAAUGAUGCAACUAGUGCACGAAGAAUAGGCAUAGAGCACCAGUAUUUAACUUUUUCAAGGAGUGCGCUUAUUUGAACGCUAUUUUGUAAGUGAAUUAAAGUGGCCCAGCAUACUACUGAGACUACUGCGCAUGACUUUGACUGCUCGUGUGAAGUAGGCUUGGCCUAAAUGUUUUCAUCCUGUUCUUAACCGAAAUUGACCUCAAGCGGCCGCCGAUCGAAGGUAAAAGAAGACGAGAUGUCUAAGCUGAUAAUGUGUGUAUUGUUACGACCACCGAGUAGACACGCAUUUUAAAGGUGUGCAGAUUUUGCGGCGAUCAGGAGGAGCUUCCGUUGCGCCUUGCGUGUCACUAGGCCCGCUGACCCACAUUCGCGAGACCGCCGCUCGCUCGAGGAAGUGCGCGCAUUAAAUUCUGUAUGGCAUUUCUAGUUAUUGCGCCGAUUAUUCAACGCAGCGCUGCAUUGUGAUCUCGAAGGAGCUUAUAUCUGACAGGCGCCUGUGUGGAUGUGUGAGUUUUCGGCUUUCACAUUGGCAGGUCCUCUUCACCAAUGUCUUCCCAAUGCAUCAGGUUUUUUAACCCCAGACUGAUCCAUGAAACAACAUUAUCAUGAGCUCCAGAGACAGGUAGAGCUCAAACCAACUUCACACUACAAUACGUACAAAAGAUCAGGGAUGAUGGUAGUGUUUUUGAUGGGCUGAUGGAGGAAGAUGUGAAAGAUAAGGCGAAACGAGUUUCGAGAAAUAAGUCAGAGAAGAAAAGGCGAGACCAGUUCAAUGUCCUGAUUAAAGAACUUGGCACCAUGUUGCCCGGAAAUACGCGCAAGUGGGACAAGUCUACAAUAUUGCAGAAAAGCAUAGACUACCUGCGCAAGCACAAAGAAAUUGCUGCGCAGUCUGAGUCAAGUGAGAUCAAGCAAGAUUGGAAACCCCCGUUUCUUAGCAAUGAGGAGUUUACACAGCUGAUGCUAGAGGCGCUGGAUGGGUUCUUCAUUGUGAUGCUGACAGACGGCAACAUCAUUUACUCCUCAGAAAGUGUAACUUCUCUACUUGAGCAUUUGCCUUCGGACCUGGUGGAUCAGAACCUUUUAAACUUUCUACCAGUGGGGGAGCACGAAGAAGUCUGUAAUGUGUUGUCCUCACACCCAGACAUUGAAAACCUCAACUCUGAUUACCUCAAAUCCAAGAACCAGAUGGAGUUUUGUUGUCACAUGCUCAGAGGUUCUGUGGAUCCCAAGAAACCGCCUGUGUAUGAAUAUGUCAAGUUCAUUGGCAACUUUAAGUCACUCACCAACAUGCCUCUUGCAACCCGAAAUGGCCUUGAGGGAAUUUUACAGCACUCGUUGCAGCCGGCCUUCGACGAUAAAGUCUGUUUUAUUGCGACUGUGAGGCUCGCCAAACCCCAAUUCAUCAAAGAGAUGUGCAUGGUGGAGGAGCCCAAUGAAGAAUUUACGUCUCGACACAGUCUGGAGUGGAAAUUCCUCUUAUUAGAUCACAGAGCACCACCUAUCAUUGGCUAUAUGCCCUUUGAGGUGUUGGGAACGUCAGGCUAUGACUAUUAUCACGUAGACGACUUGCAUUCACUGGCCAAAUGCCAUGAGCAUUUAAUGCAGUUUGGAAAAGGGAAAUCGUGUUAUUAUCGCUUUUUAACUAAAGGGCAGCAGUGGAUAUGGCUCCAGACUAACUACUACAUCACCUAUCACCAGUGGAACUCACGACCAGAGUUUAUUGUGUGCACGCACACAGUUGUGAGUUAUGCUGAGGUGCGAGCAGAGCAGAGGAGAGAGAUGGGUAUAGAGGAAUCUCCCCCUGAGCUGCCCGGAGAUAAGUCUCCGGUUUCUGGCUCCGAAUCGCAGUUAAACACCUCCAGACUGAAGGAGGUUCUGGAGCAUUUCAGUAACAGUCGCACACCUUCCACCUCCUCAAGGAGCUCCCGCAAGUCCUCGCACACUGCUGUCUCUGAAAACACCUGCACCUCAACUCCCUCUAAGCUACAGAUGGACGUGAGCACUCCACCCCGGCCCGCCACUGUUGAUAUGACACCCAAACGUCGUUCCUCUAUCAGCACCCAGUCCGUGAGUUCUCAGAACACCAAUCAGACUGGAUCUUCGGUCCAAAUCAACCAACAGCAGCAACCUCAACCACAGCAGCAGGUUCAACCUAAUGCCCUGUUCUCUGCACAGUUGAACGCAAUGCAGCACCUGAAGGAGCAGUUGGAGCAGAGGACACGCAUGAUCGAAGAAAACAUUCAGCAACAGCAGGAGGAACUGAGACAGAUUCAUGAGCAGCUCCAGAGGGUGCAGGGACAGGGCACUCAGAUGGUACUGCAGCAGUCGGGUGGUGGACUGAGUGUACAGUUGCCGCAAGCUGGAGGAGCACAGACUAACACUUUAGGGGUUGGAGCACAGACUGGAGUCAUAGCUAUACAGGGCCAAAAUGUGACAAGUACAGCACAGAGUGGGACUGUUCCACAGCAACAAGCACUUCCACAGCAACAGGCUCCUCGUUCCCAGGGCUCUUCUGUUACACAGCGUGGUCCUGUGUAUAAUACCAUGAUGAUCAGCCAGCCUGCCAAUGCCAGUGUUGUGCAGAUACCGAGCAAUCUGGCACCAAAAAUAAAUCAGGGAAAUGCAAUCAACAGGUUUCCUGCCGGGCAGCAGUUGGUCACUAAGAUUGUGACGGCUCCAAUGGCGUGUGGCGCUGUCAUGGUACCCACAACAAUGUUUAUGGGUCAGGUUGUGACAGCUUAUAGCCCGUUUGCACAGCAACAAGGUCAGACACAGACAAUAGCACUGCAGCCUCAGUCAACAGUGCCUGCAGAACAGCAAGCUCAAACUACCACAUUACAAACAAGUCAACAGCAGGGGGCGACGCAGCAACCAUUUUUACAGAGCACACGUCUUCUUCACGGCAACCAGUCCACACAACUGAUCCUGCAGGCUUUCCCUAUUCAGCAGCAAGGUACAUUUACUCCAUCACAACAACAACAACAGCAGCAGCAGCAGCAGCAGCAGCAACUGAAACCACAGACUCAAAAACAACAGAAAGGAACCCCUUCUCAUAAGACUGACAGCACUAGUGCCCAGUCUCAGUAACACGGAUGAACACAGCAGCCAGUCAGAUGGAGGAGCCAGCUAACUUAGUCACCUCUAGGAGUUUAUUGGUGCUGUAUUUUAUUUGAAAGCUCUACAAUAAAACAGCUCUUCCUGGAAGCACCUUAGAAGAUUUUAAGACAAGGAACUCCCUCAACAUGGCAGCUGCGUGGAACACAACACCACCAGAUGGACGCUGUGGCAACAAUACAGAGCGUUUCACCGAACCAACAGGUGGUUGCCAAACUCAUUAUUUAUUUCAACAGCAGAAAGUGUAGGAUUGCUAGCGUUUGCAUGGUCUUUGCCAAACAGAAACCCUGUUCUCAGUCUUUCACUGUAAACAGCCCAAAGAACUGAGUCUGUACAAUCUUGUGUACCACACCAUGUAAAUACAUAACCGUAAAGGAACAAAGCAAGAUAAUGAAUAUUUUAUAUGCUGCAUGAAAAGUGUAAAAUUUCAUUUGUAAUUCCAGUUUUAUGAUUUCCAUUUUUAAGUAUUAUUUUAAUUGGAAUGUUUUUAUAUUUUGCAUAUAGUGAUGCUUUCUACUUUUAACCCUUCCCUGACAAUGGUCUCUUCACAUAUAGUUAGUUUUUUGUUUGUUUGUUUGUUUGUUUGUUUUGGAAAUUAUUAUACCCCAUUGUCUCUGACAUACAAAAAAUGUCCAGUUUACAUUUAGUUCUAAUUAUCACAUGCAUUUGAUGCGGAAGAAUCAAAGUUGAUGGUUUUAAAUGCCAAAAUUUUGCUGCUUUGUUAAAAAAAAAAAAAAAAAAUAUAUAUACUUGUUCAACAUUGAUUUGCUUUUUAGCCGAGUCAUAGUAGUCCACUAAAAAGUUUUUGUGCACCUUUUCCCCUUACUUGUAGCACUUAUUGUGUUCAUACACACUAAAAUAGUCCAUCCUUGUAUUAAUUGUGACCUAAUGGUCUGAGUUACUUUGUGUAUGCAUGAACAGUACAUGUAUUUCUCAAAUGAGAAUGACAAGCCAUGAAUAAGCUUUCAAAUCCUCAUUGAUUUUUGCUUUGUUCUCCCUCAAGAUUUUGGGAGCUAUGCAAGAAGCCACAUCCAGGGCACAGCAUUUCAAUACUGAGGACGGUCCAGAGUACUGUGGACCUUUUAGAUCCCAUUUUCAGGAAAAGAGUGAUUAUAUUGUCCUCUUCCUAUUUUGUUCCAAAGUUGUAAUACAAACCGAAGCAGGGUUACUGUGCAGCUGUAGAGUCUUAAAAGUUAAAGUGAUCUUCCUUUUAACUGUUUGUGUGUGAAUGUAUGUGUGUGUGAGACAGAGAAUUUAAAGUGCUAGACAUUAUAUCAAUAAUUGUUUGUGACACUUCCAGUAUCGCUGUUUUGGUUGCUACUGUGUGUAUUAACCCCAGCGAUGACCAAUCAGUUCUUGCGUUGCAGUAACUCGGCAUCCUAGAUGUUUCCCCAUUGGCUUGUUGGCUAUAUACCUCAGAAAUGGUUUUAUAUACGAAGUAUUCAAAGCGAUUUUAUUUUCAUAUGGCAAAAGACUUCUUUGUUAACAGAAUUGCUGUGUAUAGACCGGUAGCACUGUUAAAGGUAUAUGGAAACUGAAUAGAUUUUGACAUUGUUGACUUUUGGAAUUCCAAAAGUGGACAUGCCCCUUAAAGUAGAUGCCCAACUUCCCUUAUCUGUCCAAUUUUUUUUUUUUUUAAUUGUGUUGUGUUGUGCGUUUUAUAAGAUUUUAUUGUGCACUAAAACCCUUAGUUGUGUUAGCGGUUACUGUUGGAACCAAUGUUUCUCAUAUUUUGUACAAUCAAAAAUGACGUAAAAUUUACGCCCCUAAAAAAGUUACUGACAGGUUGAAGAGAGAACUGAUAUGGACUUUUGGAUGUCCCUGAACAUUUCAACCUUCUGUAUCCUUCUUUUUUUUUUAUGUAUUUAUUUUUUGUAUGCAACCAAAAGAUUGUGCACUUUUGAAUAUGAUGGUUAUUUGGUUGUAGCCCCAUUUGAAGUUUGAUUAGUGUUUGGCCUGAUGAAUAUCAGUGAGUUGAGUGAAUAAUGAUAAAAUCAAUCAUCAAACAAGUUAAAUAAGUCCUAAGGUGUUUAACCCUAAAACUUGUUCAUUUUGUACAUUCUGAAUUGCUGUGCACUUCAGUACAAAACUGUUACCCCAAAUAAUUGCCUGCAGAUCAUAUUACCUUCAGUGUGAAUUUGUAGGAACUGUCCUUUGUCAGUUUACCAAAAACUGUUCAUUUUUCCUCCACAAUACUCAAUCUUGAAAUAAAGCAAACAAUCUUA